AGGGAGGAUGAAGACAAUGAGGAACAAUCAUUGGCUGAGCAAAAAGAAGAUGACGAAGAUUGGGAGAAAGCAUUUUCCGUCCAGUACUUUUCUGACAUCAUCAGUGAAUCCGCUUCUACCAACGGAGAAAGGAUGGGCCGAAACUACACAGAAAAAGAUUUUGAGUAUCAUAGGCACACAGUUCAUCACAUCCAUCACCCCCUCUCCACCCACUUGCCCGUACCCCAGCGAUUACGCAAGAAGGUGCGCGGCCCGGAACGCCGGCGCAAAAAGAAACGGAGGAAAAGAAAGACAUCCCUGCCACCCUCAGAUGUCACACCCACCAUCCACGAGGUAGAUGAGGAGGAGGCCGAGUUGGAAAUAGAUACGCAGGCGGCGCCCGCGGCCACCGAGAUAGCUGACAUUGAAGCACAGUUUAGUUUGGAGAGUCAAGAUCACUUGGAGGAAGCUAUUCCAAUCGCCACCGUCCACAUGGAAAAUGAAAAGCAGAAACGCACGCUAACUCUCAAGAGGGAUUUUCACGGGGGAGGGUAUGAUGUCAUUGAGCACCAUGAAGAGGAUGGAAAGGAGGAGGCGUCUUGCGACAGCGUCACCUCAGCACGGGUGUCUGCCGCUGCCACCACAACUCCGAGCUGGUUCUGCCGCAAACCCGCCCACCAUCGCGUGACUGGCACCCAGCGCUGCAACUACGAUCUAAGGGAGCGGAUUUGCAUCGGCAGCAUGACCGCGGUUGAGACUGCUGUCUAUCAACAAGUGCCGACUGAUGAAGCCGAAGCCCAAAUGUUGGCCAGUGUUGACUUGGAUGACAUGAAAAGUCACAGAUUUGAAGACAACCCCGGGGUAAGACGUCACUUAGUGAAGAAGUCCUCCCGAUUCCAGAUUGGCCGUACAAGCAAUAGUUCCACUCCACUGUGCAGCAUAAAGAAGAAGAAACGAGCAUCGGACAAGAAGACUCACGAGUUGUUUGUGGAGCUGAAUGAGUUGAUUGUGGAGAAGGACCAUGAAAUGCGUUGGAAGGAGCGUGCCCGCUGGAUCAAGUUUGAGGAAGAUGUCGAGGAGGAAACUGACCGCUGGGGCAAACCUCACGUGGCUUCACUUUCGUUUCGCAGUUUACUGGAGCUUCGUCGCACGAUCACGCAUGGUGCCAUCCUUUUGGAUUUGGAGCAAAACUCCCUGCCUGGAAUCGCCCAUUUGGUGGUGGAGACGAUGAUCAUCUCUGAUCAGAUUAGACCUGAAGACAGAUCCUGCGUUCUCAGAGCUCUGUUGCUCAAACACAGCCAUCCAAGCGACAUGAAGCAUCGUUUUCAUCGCCACCACUCAUCGACCAGUCUUCAUGGCAGUUUUAAUCACAACCAUGUCCAGGACACCAACCUGCCCCUUGUUGCUGAAGAAAUGGAAGAACAACAGGAUGGCAAAGGACCCAUGUAUGACCCCAAACAGGAUAAAUCCCUCCACCCCGUAUCUCCGGAGAGCCAUCCAGCGGCGGCCAGAUCUUUGAAACUACUCGCCAAGAUACCAAGAGAUGCUGAAGCGGUUAUUGUUUUAGUUGGCUGCGUUGAAUUCCUGGAGCAGCCAGCAAUGGCCUUCGUACGUCUGAAUGAGGCUGUGCUUUUGGAGUCGGUGUUGGAGGUCCCAGUUCCUGUUCGCUUUCUUUUUGUCUUACUUGGUCCGAGUCAGUCAAAUGUGGACUACCAUGAGAUUGGACGUUCCUUCUCAACCCUCAUGUCUGAUAAGAACUUCCACGAGGUGGCUUACUUCGCCGACAACAGACAGGACCUUCUAAACGGUAUCAACGAAUUCCUGGACUACAGCAUUGUCAUUCCUCCAUCAGACGUGGAGGGGAAAGACCUCUUGAAGACAGUUGCUGACUUCCAGAAACAAAUGCUGCGUAAACGGAAGGAAAGGGAGCUAAAGAAGCACCACUCCUCAUCUGGUAUGGAGCAGAACAACAAAGAUAUAACUCAAGAAGAGGAGGAGGAUGGAGACCAAGAGAUUGACCCAUUGAAGCGUUCCGGGAUCCCUUUUGGAGGACUGAUCCAUGACAUCCGGCGCCGCUACCCGAACUAUGUCAGUGACUUGAAAGAUGCUGUGGACAUGCAGUGCGUCGCUGCUGUUAUCUUCAUUUACUUUGCUGCAUUGUCACCUACUAUUACCUUUGGGGGUUUGCUAGGGGAAAAAACAGAAGGCAUGAUGGGAGUAACUGAACUGAUUGUUUCCACUGCAACACUUGGAGUUAUAUUCUCACUACUGGCUGGUCAGCCUCUUCUCAUUAUAGGAUUCUCUGGACCUUUACUAGUGUUUGAGGAAGCAUUCUACAAGUUCUGUCAGGCCUACAAUUUUGAAUAUCUGACCGGUCGUGUGUGGAUCGGCUUCUGGCUCGUCUUCAUUGUCCUGGUGAUCGUGGCGGCGGAGGGCAGCUUUCUUGUUCGCUUCAUCUCACCCUUCACUCAAGAGAUAUUUGCUUUUCUGAUCUCCCUCAUCUUCAUCUACGAGACUUUCUCUAAGCUCCUAAAGGUGUUUCAAGAGCAUCCGUUAAUGUCAUGGUACCCUGGACUCCCAACCCCUCCGUCUGAGCAGCAGGAUGUCCAGAACCAACCCAACACUGCUUUGCUCUCUCUGGUCCUCAUGAUGGGCACUUUCUUUCUGGCUUUCUUCCUCAGAAAGUUCAGAAACAGUCGUUUUUUAGGUGGCAAGGCAAGAAGAAUCAUUGGGGACUUUGGCAUUCCCAUUUCAAUUUUAAUUUCUGUGUUUGUGGACUACUCAAUCACAGACACCUACACACAGAAACUCGACGUGCCAUCCGGCUUUUCAGUCACUUCUCCUACCAAGAGGGGUUGGUUCAUCAGUCCCUUUGGUGACAAGCAGCCCUUCCCCACUUGGAUGAUGGGAGCGUCCGUUGUACCCGCCCUUCUAGUAUUCAUCCUCAUUUUUAUGGAAACUCAAAUCACUUCCCUGAUUGUCAGUAAGAAGGAACGUCGUCUGGUGAAAGGUUCAGGGUUCCACCUGGAUUUGCUGCUCAUCGUCAUUCUCGGAGCAUUCUGCCCACUCUUUGGCCUGCCUUGGCUAACAGCAGCCACGGUGCGCUCGGUCACGCAUGUCAAUGCCCUCACUGUCAUGAGCAAGGCCACGGCGCCUGGAGAGAAGCCCAUGAUUCAAGAAGUCAAAGAACAGAGACUGACAGGGCUUUUUGUCGCUGUGCUUGUUGGUAUGUCCAUCGUGAUGACUGAUGUUCUGCGCCUCAUCCCUCUUGCUGUGCUCUUUGGUAUUUUCUUGUACAUGGGGGUCACCUCUCUGACGGGGAUUCAGUUAUACGAACGCAUCACGCUCAUGGUCACGCCGGCGAAGCACCACCCUGACCACAUUUACGUCACCAAGGUGAAGACCUGGCGUAUGAACAUGUUCACCCUCAUUCAGCUGGGCUGCAUUGUGGCACUGUGGGUGGUGAAGUCCACCGCUGCUUCCCUGGCAUUCCCCUUCGUCCUCAUCAUGACGGUGCCGUUGCGCCGCGUCAUCCUCUCCAGGAUUUUUGAGGAACGUGAGCUCCAGGCGCUGGACUGCGAUGAGGACUCGCCCAACUUCGACGAAGACGGACGGGAUGAGUACAACGAGAUUCACAUGCUUGUAUAA